GUGUGCUGCCUUCACAACUGCUUCGGAACAGUUUCGGUGUGGUCUGUGAUGGUCUGCCGGGUCAGGGAGGGUGAGAUGGCGCGGGCCUGACGCUGCUCUGGGUCGGGGGCGCUGGACGUGUUGAGGUUUCGCAGCGUGCGCCUCUCCGGACCAUGCCAUGGAGAGGGUACGCGGCCUGGAGCACAGGGUCACUGCGCCCCGCUACAGUCUCCUGCGAGAGGUGGGCAGGGGCACGUACGGAGUGGUGUACGAGGCUCAGUCGCGGAAGUCCGGUGCCAAGGUGGCGGUGAAAAAACUGCGAUGCGAUGCGCCGGAGAACGUGGAGCUCGCGUUGCAGGAGUUUUGGGCGCUCACAAGUUUGGAGAAACGACACGAGAACGUAGUGCAUUUGGAAGAGUGCGUACUGCAAAGAAAUGAUCUGGCCCAGAAGAUGAGUCAUGGUAACAAGCGGUCCAAACAGUACCUGCGUCUGGUAGAGACAUCCCUGAAAGGUGAGCGAGUCCUCAGCUGCCCUGAUGAACCCUGUUACCUUUGGUUUGUCAUGGAGUUCUGUGAAGGGGGUGAUCUUAACCAUUUCAUACUGUCUCGCCGCCCUGACCCUCACACCAACAAUCGUUUCAUGGUACAACUGACCAGUGCUGUAGCCUUUUUGCACCAGAACAAUAUCGUCCACCGAGACCUCAAACCAGAUAACAUCCUUAUCUCCCACAAGUCCGGCUCACCUGUGCUCAAAGUGGCCGAUUUUGGAUUGAGUAAGGUGUGUGCGGGGUUUCAAAACAAAGCUGAAGGUAAAGACCAGGAAGACAACAACAAAAACGUCAAUGUGAACAAGUACUGGCUGUCAUCUGCGUGUGGUUCGGACUUUUACAUGGCCCCUGAGGUGUGGGAGGGCCAUUACACUGCCAAGGCUGAUAUAUUUGCAAUGGGGAUCAUUAUCUGGGCCAUGCUGGAGAGAAUCACGUUUAUUGACGCAGAGACCAAGCGGGAGUUGCUCGGGACCUAUGUGAGACAGGCAGGGAACAUAGUACCAGUGGGUGAAGCGUUGCUGGAAAACCCAAAGAUGAUCCUCAAUAUUCCUCAGAAGCGCAGGUCUCAGAUGGGUGAAGAGAUGAGGAAGCUGCUACGAGACAUGCUGGCUGUUAACCCCGCAGACAGACCUGAUGCCUUCCAACUGCAGACCAGAAUGGACCAAGUCAGCUCUGCCUGACUCUUAAGAUCGUGAUGCCAUUUCAAGCUGCUGCUUUCUGUCUCAAGGGAAAAGCUAGAGAUGAACAGAGCCUUUUUGUCCAUAGAUUGCUGCUCUGCCUUUAGAAGACUGUAAGAUAAUCUCACCCAGAACUUGACAAUAAUGAAAUAAGUUUAUUAAAAAGGGUUGUGGACCAUUUUUGUAAGCUGCAUCUAAGGUAUGGUAAGGUAAGGUAUUUUAUGGUAUAACAGUAUAAGACCAAUAUUUGACUGGCCUUUACUGUUGAACAAUAGCAUACCUUGUCUAGGCAUGCCUUUUUGCAAAUGGUUAUAACUUUUAACAAUAACUGGAUAACUGGCUGGUUUGAAUAUAGAGCAAUUGUGAUAAUUACUACUUCUGUUUACUUUAGAGUAAUGGGAGUGUACAGUUGCCUCUGCAUCCAUUGGCCCACUCUGGUUGACACGUUCUUUGUGGUACCGUGGGAUCUGUUUUAAGUGCUAUGUAUUUUGAAUUUGCAGUGAACCAGGUCCAAGCUGUGUUGACCCAGCUAUUAACUGAUACUGGAUUUUGCUCGCCCAUUGUAGCACCCUAAAAUGAAAUACAGUAUGCUCUCAAUCUGGAGGAUGUGUUUGACUCCUAUUAAAGGUGUGUUAUGCAACUUUUCUGGUGGCGGGUCCGUUACCUGCUUGUCUCCAUGGGAAUGUUAUUGCUUUAUCUAGAUUGUUCCACAGUAUAUAUUAAAUCUACCUAUCAUGAGGGAGACGAGCAGAUUACAGCACUACGCUACAUUACAAUUCAGAUUUGUGGAGAGUCGUACCUAUUCACAGGCACCCGUAGUGAAUAAAUGCUAGAUGGAUUUGUUUAAUGUCAUACCAUGGAACAUUCCAGACAAAGCAAGAACAUCUCAAUACAGACAUUUAGGUAGCAAACCCUCCACCAGAAAAGUUGUGCAGUGCAUCUUUAAGGUUCAGUAUGUUUCUGACUGAGCUACCUGCUAUGACUAGACUUGUAGACUAGUAUCCAAUUUGUCAAUUGAUUUAAAAUAAUUUCUUUUCAUUUUUGUAAUCUGUGUGUAGAGUAUGUGGCGCUUCCAGCUGGAGCACUGAAUCUCACUACGUUUACACAAUGACUUUGAUUUUAAAUCAUUAUCAAGACAGAGCAGAAUGUUUUAACCCUGUGCAACUGUAAUAUGCAAUGCUUGUAACUCUGUAGGAGCCUUUAAAAGUUUCACUGCAGUUGAGGUUUGCCACCUGUGCUGCCUUAUACUAAAUCUUGAUGAUUUAGGCUUACUACCUCAUUUUUUGGAGCCAUUUCCUGGUGCACUCAUUUCAGCUUUUUGUUUACCUUGGGCAAGUAUUUGUGGUUGGGUUAAGGUGAUGCAGUUUUUGCACACAUUUUGAUUAUUAUAUACUUGAACUUUAUUUCGCCUUUAUUGUGUAUGGUUCUAUGUAUUUGUUACUACUCAUUAUUAAUUCCAACAUUCAUAAUUUGUGUACAGUAUUUCAGUGUUCAUGACAAUCUGACUUCUGGGACAUGUCAAGACUUGGUUAAUUGUUUGUCAUGCAAAUACUGUUUACGACUUUCUGUUUUCAUGGUUCAGCAGAUCUUGCAUACAAGGUGAUUAGGUUCUGGUUUUUAGACAAUCUGUUCAUCCCAACGCAACUCAAAGCAAUUCAGGUUCUUAAAAGACUCCCUGAUUAUCACAUGGAAGGGCACUAAUGUGAAUUACAUCUGUUUUUUAUUUUCAAAAAAUAAAGGUUGGAUGUAAA